AUGGAGUUUAAUUUGGAAAAUUUUGUGAAGAAUCCCACUUUAGAGCAGCUACAGAAAUGUAGAAAAGUUGAUUUGUUGCUCAUUGCAAAUCAAUAUAAUAUUGAUGUAGCAGCGAAUCCUAAGAAGGAGGAGCUGCUUCAGCUUAUAACUGGUCAGCUUGUGGAUAGAGGUUUGCUGCCCUUAGGAGAUGCAGGAAAGGCUGAUGUGGCACCCCCACAGACAGUGCCACCAGUCACUGCCGCCCCUUCUGACCCUCCUGUGUUGCUGGGGAUGUCGGCUGAGGAGCUCAAACUGGCCCUCCGCCUGAAGGAGAUGGAGGUGCAGGCCAUGCAUCUGAGGGUGAGGCUGCAGUCCUGUCUGAUGAGUUUGCGCUCACUCAUAAAAGUGUGUUCAUGUCCUCUGUGCGCCGUGAUCCGCCAGCUCGUGUUGAAAAUAAACGGAGAUCCCCAAGAUUGUCCCGGCGUAGUGAAACUGCCAAUGGAAAAAAACGGCUGUGUUUUUAUUGCCACCAGUCCGGUCACUUCAUCGCCGUCUCCCAGGUGUUAAAGCAGAAAGAACAGGCUAGAAUUAAAAGUCCAUCACCAGUGGCACUGAUCCAGUCACAAACAGUGUUUCACCAGCAAGAACGGCCGACUGAUCAACUGCCUAAAGAAGGUUUCGUGUCGCUGUCUGGGUGUGAGGCAGACAGAGUCCCGAUAACUAUUUUAAGGGACACUGCGGCAAAACAUUCUGUGGUUCGACGUAGAGUCAUGCCGUUUUCUCAUAUGUCAUAUUGUGGGUCUGAUUUGUUGUUGUGGGGAUUAAAAAUGAGUGUAAUUUGUGUGCCGCUUCAUAACAUCCAUCUCUUCUCCCCCUUAGUGUCUGGCCCGGUGCGGGUUCGCAUGCGCGAUCAGCUGCCGAUUACGGGGGUUGACCUCAUCCUCGGGAAUGAUUUGGCAGGAGGUAAAGUGUUCCCCAGCAGUCCUGAGGUGACGGACGAUCCCGCUGCUGAUGUGUGCGUCUGCCCUGUUGAGCCUGAUAUGCCGCCUGUGUUCCCCUUGUGCGUCGUGACGCGUGCCCAAGCGCGUAAGUUUGAAGAAGUGACGGAUCUGUCUGAUUCAUUUUUGAGUGUUCCAGAUAGCACAGUUCCCUCUCCAGAAAAUGAAAGUGUUCCCGUGUCUGUUGAUGUGCAGCUGGAAGAGAAUUUGUUUUUAUCUGUUUGUAAAGAGGAACUAAUUAAGGCGCAGCAAGCCAAUGGCACACUGGUGGACUGGUGGAUCUCCGCUGCACAAAAUAAAGAAAAAAACAAAACUUGUGUCUUACCUGUUUGAUGAUGGUGUUUUGAUGAGGAGAUGGUCCCUGACGGAUGGUGUUGAGUGUGAUGCGAUUACGCAGGUGGUUGUGCCGAGAGAGUUUCGCCAGCAGGUACUGAGUUUGGCUCAUGAUCAUGUUUUGUCCGGUCACUUAGGGGUUAAAAAAACGGAUCCUCCGUUAUUUCUUUUGGCCGGGGUUAAAAUCUGAUGUUGCAAAGUACUGCCGUUCCUGUCGUGUCUGCCAGAUGACUGGAAAACCAAACCAGGUUAUUCCUCCGGCCCCCUUACAUCCAAUCCCAGUGAUCUCCAAGCCAUUCGAACAUGUAAUCAUAGACUGUGUAGGGUCACUGCCAAAAACCAAGUCCGGUCACCAAUACCUGCUCACCAUAAUGUGCACUGCCACUCGCUUUCCCAAGGCCGUUCCAUUACGUUCACUUAGAGCCAAAGCUGUGGUUAAAGCCCUGGUUAAGUUUUUCUCCAUCUUUGGGUUGCCUAAGCGCAUCCAAACCGACCAAGGCUCCAACUUUAUGUCUAAGGUAUUUGUGCAGGUUAUGUCCGAGUUGUCAAUGUCAAUGUCAAUGUCACGUUUAUUUAUAUAGCACCUUUAUAGGACAGGCCAGACAAAGUGCUUUACAGGAGAAAAAGAAAAAGCAUAAAAUAAUAAAAGCUAUAAAUAUGGCAACAUUAAAAGUGCAACAUACAAUGACAACAAUAAAAGAAAAGCGUACGCGAGUAAAAGCAGGUGACAACUCAGCCAAAGGCUAGGGUAAACAGGUAGGUUUUAAGGUGCGUUUUGAAGGAGGUGAGGCUAGUUGCAGAACGCACAGACAGAGGCAGGGCAUUCCACAGAGUGGGAGCAGCAACCGCGAAUGCCCGAUCCCCUCUGCUUUUCAGCUGGGUUCUCGGCACAUCUAAAACCAUCCGGUCAGCAGACCUCAGGGAUCUGGUGGGUCGGUGCGCCUUGACAAGGUUGGAUAAGUUGUCCAUUAAGCACAACGUCUCCAGUGCGUAUCAUCCACAGAGCCAGGGUGCACUGGAGCGGUUCCAUCAAACGCUCAAAUCCAUGCUGCGUAAAUAUUGUGUUGAGUCCAACAGGGAGUGGGAUGAGGGGUUACCACUGCUGCUGUUUGCUAUCCGUGAGAUCCGUGAUGCUAUCAGUGAAACCACACAAGAGUCGCUCAGUUUUAGUGCGGCUGAGCUGGUUUUCGGGCACACUGUGCACGGUCCGCUUCGUCUGCUGUGUGAGAGAUGGCUUGCAGGCGAUCCCAGCCCUGCGCACAGCAUCUUAGAUUAUGUGAGUUCUUUCAGAAAGAGAUUGCACAGUGCUUGUGAGUUUGCCCGUAGUUCCCUCUCCGUGGCCCAGUCCAAGAUGAAAGAGCAUUAUGACAGGAAAACUCUCACUCUCCACUUUCAGCCAGGUGACUGAGGCUGUGUCUCAUUUCAGAGACCGCAUCGGGCUAAGUGCACUUCUGCACUGUCGAACGGUGCAUUUGAAGCGUGCAUGACGUCAUGACGGCUCGAACGGUGUCCCAUUUGGCAUGAGAUGCUAAGAAAUGCUAAGCGCGCUUAGCAUUUUUUCAAGCGUGCAUUUAUGCACGCUUUCGUGCUGUCGGUAUCCCAGAAUGCUUUGCGUGCCGCUGCACAGGUGCACCGUUCGGGUGAGACGUCAGACGCGCAUAAAAGCGCACCUGCACACAUCAAGGAUGUUUGCAUCAUGGCAGGCAAAGCCGGCGGCCCCGCCUUUACAUGUAAGUACUGGAUUUAAUUUCAUGUCAACAGGUGAAGCAAAGCCUUUAAAGGACAUUGUGAAUAUUUCUAAAAUGUUUGUAAAAGAUGAUUAGAUGGUUGCAGGUGAUGCCCGAGUGUGUUAAAUCAGCCCUUUUGCCCUGUUGAAGCUAUGCAGGCAACGCAUAUGCCGACUGUUUCAAAUUGUAGUGUUGGUACUUGACAUCCACUUCAAUUCCCCAGGUGUAAGGUAUUGCCAGGGGAUGACAUAAAUGUGUAUGGGGCAAAUAUGCUGCAAACUAGAUGCUGCAAGUACAGUGCAGAAACAUGAACAACUCAGGUCUAAAUCACUGUGGUGUGUGUUAUAGCACUGUUUAUGUCAUACCGGAAUCUGACAUGUAGCCUAUGUUUGUUUUUUUGUUCGUUUGUAUUUACACUACAUAUAGAGCACAUUGCAACCUUGUUUAGAUAAGUGCUGUAAAAGUAAUGAUGUUAUUAGAGUUAUUAUUAAUAUUUGGAAAACCCUUACAGUUUUGAGGGUUUUGCUAACAGUUUUGAGGGCCCACUGCUUUAUCAGCAGUGAGCUCAGAUAAAGAAGGAGUAAAGGUCAAACCUCUUUAUGAAGUGCACGAUGGCCAUCCAUCAGCCUGGACAAUUGAUCUCACAUGCAUGUGUGGAUUCAAAAUACAAAUGUUGGCACUGUGUGCCUGCAUUGUUAUCCAUUCAGAUGCACACUUGGAAUAAGUCACACAUUAAAAGGUUCACACUUAUGUUUUUGCAGGGACAAGAGAGCUGACGGACAAAUUCAACCGGCUCUGGGGGGAGAGGGAGCACCUUUUCACCGGAGCCAGAAAUUCAGCUGCUGCUGGAUGGCAGUAAGGAACACCAAAUGCUCAAGAAGUUAUAUCUGCCCAUAGUAUGUUAAAUUAUAGGUCAUGUGACUGAUUAUGAACACUUGUGUGUGAAUGUGACAUAUAUUAACCUUUUGUCUCACUUCUCUUUGUGGCAAGAGCUGUACUGACAGAGCUCCAGAUCUUGGGCCAAGUGACACCCCUGCAAGCAAAGCGGAAGUGGGAGAAUCUAAAAAGAAAAUAUAAAGUAUGUGAAGGUUUUUAUGAUGCUGCUUAACAUUGAACAUUGGGUCAUGAGGAAUGUGGUGGUUCCCCCCCCCCCCCCCCCCGCAAGUUAUUAAACAGUUUUUCUUUUUCUCAGGAAUGCAAAGAGUGUCCCACAGGGGCUGGGGCAGGGGGAGAGGUGACAGCUGCCACUUUGCCGUGGUUCAUCCUUUUGGAUGAGAUGCUGGGGCAGAGGCCAUCAAUAAACCCCCCACUACUGAUUGCCUCACUUCCAGAGGAUGAACCAGGGCCAAGUGGCACUGCACCUGCCAGGCAGCAGCAGCAGCAGCAGGAGGAGGAGGAGGAGGAGGAGGAGGACGAAGAUGAACUGCAACCUCACCCAAGGGGGAGGAAAAGAAAGAGGAGGCCAGCAUCGGACCCACUCCUGGCUCUGCUAAGAGAGGACAUUCGAAACCAGCAACAAGCUGAGGCCAGAAGCCAGGAGCGGAUGGACCGGAUGCUGGCCUUACUCGAGAAAAUGGUUGACCAUAAUUGA